CAUUCUUCAUUUUUUCUGCAAGAAACAGAGGCUCCCCUCUAAUGGCUGGCGAUCUUGUUUUUACCCCUGAAGAAAUGGUGAUUGAUCAAGGUCUUGGAUACCCAAAGGCCUAUGCCAAGAUCUGUAAAGAUCGAAGUUUUGGCCCCUUCAGCCGCGGCCCUCCUUUCACUUUCACUCCAUAUGCUCUGCCACAACAUGAGGUUUUGAGAGCCAAGGAAUUGGAUGACAUGUUCCCUAUCAUUGAUCCGAAUGCACAACCAAACACAAAGACCAAGAUUUUUAUGUCUCUGUUGUGGAAGCAACUCAGCCACCUCGGGAAUGCGGGAUUUGAUCCUGAAGUAUUUCGAGUAGACUCGUAUGGCAAUGUUCUGUAUUAUCAUGCUGAUUCAGCUUCGCCUUUGGCAUGGGAAAUUGAUCACUGGUUUCCUUGCUCCAGAGGAGGACUAACUGUUCCAAGCAAUCUACGGAUAAUGCAGUGGCAAGCCUGUAAGAAAAAGAAUAACAAGCUGGAAUUCCUUAUACCCUGGUGGGAUCUGCAAGUUGGUAUAUCGAUAAACCAGUUCUUGUCCAUCUUUGCUAUAUCAAAUUCAGAUUUCAGGCGUAGAGCAUUUUCCUGGUUGUUUUCUGAAGGUGAAAGUGAAGAAUUGAAUGCCUCACAAACUGUUGAUUCACAUGUUUUUCCUCAACAUUUUGUUGAGUCGAAAGAAAAGAUUGGCCUUGCUCCAGCAGCUGUUGUUUUAUCUCGAAGGGAGUCUUUUGAUUCUUCCUCAGCUCUGAAAUCAUUGGAUAUAAAUAGGAGACCAAGAUCAAACACUCCUAUUGUUGCUUGUAAGAGAUCAAAAACUGAUCUGAAAGAAAAUGAAGAUCCAGGCAUGGUAACCAAUCCAUACCAGGCUAUUGUGAUAGCUAGAGAUUCUUUGAGACACAGAGAAGAGACAGCAAAGAUGCAGGCAGAAAUACAAAAAUUAGAUGAUGAAGUAGGUGAAUUGAAGCAGAAGACUGAGGAGGAGAAAGCAGCUGUACAAGAUUUGGAGCUAAUCCUAACAAAGAAAAGAAGGAGAGCUGAGAAGUGUCGACGACUAGCUGAGGCACAAUCUUCUUAUAAAUCUAUGCUUGAGAAGAUGAUUCGAGAUGCCAUGCACCAGAGUAUUGUGUAUAAAGAACAAGUGAGGUUGAAUCAGGCAGCAGCUAAUGCCCUUAUGGCAAGACUCGAAGCUCAAAGAGCAAUUUGUGAUUCUGCAGAGAGAGACCUACACAGGAGAUUCAAACAGAGAGAUGAACUCGAGCAACAGAUAAGACCUGAGUGGGACCAAACAAGAAAAAGAUCAAGAAUGGAUGAAUUUCUGGGUGGAGAGGGAGAUGAGAAGACUCUUCUUCUUCUACCUGGCAGCUGCUCAAGGGCAGAAUCAGAGAAAGAUGAUAUAAGAGUUCUAUGCUUGCCUGAGAUGAACCCCAAGGACAUUAUGCAUAAGGAGUUAAGAGUAUUUUUGGAGGAAGAGCAGAAAGCAUACGAGGCUAGACUAUCUCUAAAUGGAGGACAAGAGAAAGAAACUAAUCACAGAAUCAGCACGGGAAUCCCCUCUGAUCGCAGUAACAACGUUAAUCUGCAGGCAAAGGAUGAGGAUCCAACAGAUCAGAAGGUUCAAAACAUAGAGAUACAAGAAGAAGAAGAAGAGAUAACAUGCAACCGUGGGUUUCCCACUUUUCAUGAAACUGAAAGACAGGAGGAGGACGAAGAGAGCAGACAGCAGCGUGGGAAAGGAAAUGUUGAAAAAUGGCUUCAGUUGCUUUUGGAUAACUCUGAAGAACCUACCGACUUUGGUAUUCAGACUGCUGAGGAGAAUGAUCGUGGUAAGAGAUCCCUUAAUGUAGGAGAAGAUGAAACUAAUGAGAUUGAUGGCACGAUAACAAAACUGAAUAUCAAGUAUCCACAAAAGGAGAUGAAGAUAUCUGAAUCUGAGGAGGCAGAAAUAGCUGAGGAUGUGAAACAGCCGCAGAAGGUGCAAAUUCAAAAAGAAGCUGUCCAACAGGAAGAAGAAACAAAAAGAGAGGAAGUUGUUCAAAUGGCAGCCAGGAAAUCAUUCUCAAACAGAGGAAAUGGGAAAAGGGAAGAAAGAACUGAACUUAAAGGUCAAAAUUUACUAUGCAGGAAUCCUCCUCCUUAUAGUUUAAUUCCAGAAAGGAGGGACAGUGAUGUAGGUUCUGCUUCUAAGGGAGUAGGGAGAUCUAGCAGCUGCGAAAGGACUGCAAGGAAGAGUGAAAAGGAUAAGGAAAGGGAACUCUCGAGGUCUGACAGUGUUAGGUUGUUUAGGCGUAUCCCAUCCUCGCCAUCUCUCCUUUUGAGUGGCAUGAAAAAGAGAGUGGAUUGCAUGAGGAAGAAGCCAUCAGUCAUUGGUGAUGAUAGUGAUGAAAGUCUGGUCGGAGGUAAUAUUGGCUUCAUAAAAUCAUCCAUCAAAACAAUCAAGAGAGCAGUGAAGAUGUAGUUUGCAUAUAGAAUUAAAUUUUCGUGUUAC